AUAAAAAGGCUGGGGUAUCAUGAUGUUGGUAGAGCAAGUUGAACCAUCUACUGGGGACAUUCUCAAACAGCACCAUGGGCAAGAUUAUCUUCUAUGAGGACAGGAACUUCCAGGGGCGCUCUUAUGAGUGUGUGAGUGACUGCUCUGACAUGUCCUCCUACCUGAGCAGGUGUCAAUCUUGCAGGGUGGAGAGUGGCUGCUUCAUGGUCUACGAGCGUCCCAACUACAUGGGCAUGCAGUUUUUCAUGAGAAGAGGAGAGUAUCAUGACAUGCAGCGCAUGAUGAGCAUGGGCAUGAUGUUUGACUCCAUUAGAUCUUGCAGAAUGAUCCCCUAUCACAGAGGUUCUUUCAGGAUGAGGAUCUAUGAGAGGGAGAACUUUGGUGGCCAGAUGUAUGAGCUGAUGGAUGACUGUGAUAGCAUCCAAGACCGGUAUCGUAUGAACGACUGCAUGUCCUGCCAUGUGAUGGACGGCCACUGGCUGAUGUACGAGCAGCCUCACUACAGAGGCAGGAUGAUGUACUUCAGGCCUGGAGAGUACAGAAGCUUCAUGAACAUGGGAAUGAGUGGAAUGAGGUUCAUGAGCAUGAGGCGUAUCACUGAUAUGUGUUAA